GGCUUUACAGCCAUCAGCAGCUGAACAUGCUGAGGGUGAAGGGAAAGAGGGCAAAGAGACGCUCUCACGGUGCCACCCGCAGCCCCUGCCGUCGUUCCGUGACGUGGCCCCGGCGUGCAGCUCGCUGCUUCCUGCCCAUCACCGCCCUGCGAGCAGCACCAGCGCUGCCCACCCCACGGCCCCCGGGUCCCGGUGGAGGUAGGGGCGGCUCCAUGGAUGACGCCCAACCCCUCUUCAUCACCUUCAAAUGCAUCGCUGAGGACAAGGCAGGCAGCGUCCAGCCAGGACACGGCACAACCCCUCCGCAGCCCCAGAGUGCAGAGCAGCACGAUGCACGGGGCAGGGGGGGACAGGGGGCAGCGGGUGGCCCCCAGCCCCAGCCUCAGCCGCCCCUCGCUCCCUGCCAGGUGCUGCAGGGUUGCUCCCAGCCCGAGGGGGCUGCAGCAUCCCUGCGGGCACGCAACAAGCUGUGGUUUGAGCAGACGCAGGUACAUCGGCUGGGGGCCACGGGCAAACUGCCAGCCUGGUUCCACGGCUUCAUCAGUCGCAGGGACGCGGAGCAGAUGCUGCAGGAUGAGCCACUGGGCUGCUUCCUGGUGCGCUUCAGCGAGAGCACGGUGGGCUUCGUGCUGUCCUACAGGGGCAGAGAGCGCUGCCGACACUUUGUGCUGGACCAGCUGCCCGACGGGCGCUACGUGAUCCUGGGUGAGCACAGUGCCCACCCCGAGCUGGCCGAGCUGCUGCAGCACUACACCCGCGUUCCCAUCCCACCCUACGGCGAGCUGCUGACCGUGCCACGGGGACAGGACAAGGCCCGUGGAGCGACAGACAGCAGCUCCCCAUCCUGCAAUGCACCAGCAAACCACCCAGCGUACAGCACCAUUGCCAAGCGGGUGCCAGGAGACGGGCAGGCAGCAGCAGAGAGAGGCCCCGAGGAGGCGCCCAGCAUCCCCCUGCCACUCCCGGCCAAGGUCAGCUCCUCGGUGGCCACCCAGAGACCACGCAGCCCCGCUGGCAGCGAAGAAGCAGAACCCAACAGCCCUUCCACGCAGCCACAUCCCGAAGCCAUCCCCGUCGAGAUGCUCGACGCCAAGUACCAGCAGCUCGUGCGCUUCCACACCUACGCGGAUCCCCACGAGGGCACAGCUCUGCCCGUGGAGCCCAUCCCCUUCUACGCCAUGGGCUGGAGGUCCAGCCCUAACCCCGAGGCGAACAUCUACGCGGAGGUGGCCACAGCCCAGCAGGAGCCACCCCCCCGGAGCACACGGGGCCCUGGGUCCGUGCUGGCCCCCACCACGUUCCUGCGCCGGCGGUUGUUCCGCAGCCUCUCCAGCCAGGGCUUCCCCAGAAGGCAGCUGCCAGCGACUCCCACUGCCAGCACCAUGCAGAGAGCAGCCCCCCGGCCGGCCCCAGAGAUCCCCCAGGUCCCAGUGAACCCAGCACUGGAGUUCGAUGACCCCGUGUACAGCCCGAGGACCAGCAGCGCCAAGCAAGCUGCAGCCCCAGAGAACAUUUACGAGCAGGUUCCUAGAGAUCACCCCUAAAGGCAUCCAGGUAGGGCCAAGGCAACGCCCAACCUCUUGCUGGCACAAGGUCUGCCCGCUCUGCUCUGCUCUUGCAGGGCAGGGGGAGACCCCUGGACCUUGGAGGCAGUCCUGGGCAUACCAGCAGCAUCCAGCAGCUCCGUGUUGGGAUUCGCACGCCUUUCCUGGCACGGCCUCCUGCUUCCCAAGCCGUGUUCAGAGAGGAUGGGAAGAACGGAUUUAAUUUAUCUUCGCAGAAAGAGAUGGCUAUGAAUAGAAUCAGGGUGGAGGGAAAAGGCUAUUAGAGCAGAACCAGAUGGGUUUCGGGCAGGGCUGGUGCCGCGCACGCAGCAUUUGCUGGCCUGCUGGAACAAGCCUGGUCCUGCUGACACAUGCCUUGAGUUCUGCCUGCUUGCUCAGCCACCAAGCACGGGGCAGCACCGAGCCCCAAAACAGAGCAGGAGGAUGACACCGAGCCAGGGCUGCCCCAUUGCACAACCCCCAAUUCCUCUCUUUGCCCCCAGUGUACGGUGACACUG